CAGAUACGUAUUAUAACGGAAAUUAAAUACACAAGAUUCGAUUCCAAACUUGUAAAUAGUGACAUCUAGCGAAAAGGUCUAUAAAAAGGUCAAACUCAUCAUCUUCUAAUUGCUCUUUAUCUCUCUCUCCAACUUUACCUUUAACAAAAAAAAAAUGGCAAGCGCGAAUCCAGAAACCGCCAAACCCACGCCUGCAACGGUGGACAUGGCUAAUCCAGAGGAGCUUAAGAAAGUUUUCGACCAGUUUGACUCCAACGGCGACGGCAAGAUCUCAGUCCUCGAACUCGGCGGUGUGUUUAAGGCUAUGGGGACUUCCUACACAGAGACGGAACUCAACCGCGUGCUCGAAGAAGUCGAUACAGAUCGCGACGGUUACAUCAACCUCGACGAAUUCUCAACUCUCUGUCGCUCGUCUUCCUCCGCCGCAGAGAUCCGUGACGCUUUCGAUCUCUACGAUCAGGACAAAAACGGACUGAUCUCCGCCUCUGAGCUUCACCAGGUGCUUAACCGUCUCGGGAUGUCUUGCUCUGUUGAAGACUGUACUCGUAUGAUCGGACCUGUGGAUGCUGACGGCGAUGGGAAUGUUAAUUUCGAAGAGUUUCAGAAGAUGAUGACGUCGUCUUCUCUCCUCAACAGCAAUGGAUCCGCCGCUCCUCCUUCGACCUAGGGAGUUUUCCAGAUUUCAGAUCUGGAUUUCGGGAAUAAGAAUAACUAUGGAAAUUAGGUACUCUUUUCUUCUUAAAUGUGAUCAAUCAUCAUCAGUCUAACUUCAAUCGGAUCUCUUUUCAUUCAUACAUGGUUGAGAUUUAGAUCUGAAUAUGGAUAUAUAUCGUUUGCUCUCCUUGUUCAAAACAAAUUUGGUUUCUAAUUUCUUAUUCUGCAUUCUCGAGUUAUGUAUCAGUUUCGAACUAUAUUUGCAUAGAAACAAAAACCAGAUUCUCUGCUUAUGGAAAAAAAAUCAAUCGUAGCUUUCUCUAUGAAUCAAUCACAUGACAAAUUUUUAAGACUUUGAUAUUGGAUUAGGAAGUAAUAAAACCGUAUUCAAAAUGGUCAACGGAGGCGUUCUCUUGAUAGAAAAAAAAAUAAAAGAUGGCUGAUUCAAAUGUAAGGUGUAACAUUCAAGUAGUAUUUAUUUUUUUGGGGACCAUGGUAACAUAUUAACAUUCAUAUUUUUAAAUUAAGGUCUUUGUGAUGAACCAACGCUAAAAAUUUUUUAGCAGAGGAUCUGGUUUCAAAUUAACU